AUGUGGCUGGACAGCAAAGCCAACUCUCCCCCGUCGGUGCCCUCUGCUGGAAGCGGGGUGAACGCGGUCCUCCGGCUUCCGGGCCCCCGGAAGGACGCGGGGCGCGGGCACGUGGGUGGGCUCCGCCUACGCCCGCCGAGGGCGCCUUCCAGCCUGCCCUGCAGGGGGCGCUGUGGGGACGGCCCGGCGGGCGGGGCCGGCGAACGCGGAAGCGGAGCCGCUCACGUGGGCUGCGGGUCGGGGGCGCUCGGUGCCGGGGCCCGGGGGCAGCGGCGUGAAAGCGGGGUUCCCGGCGCCCGUGCCGGGGGUGACGUCACGGCCACGGCGCUGUUCGGGGCGGCGGGGAGCUGGCGUCGCUCGGGGGUUCUGCUCGCGCGUCCCUGCUCGCAGUGGGCACGCGGCGGCCAGCGGCCCGGCGGCCACGAACUGCGCCGCCUGCUCGGGGAUGAGCUGGCGCCGGCCCCGGGGGUGGCCGGGCGGCUGGAGCUGCUGUACGGCCUGUCCCCGUGUCUGCUGGCGCUGCGGGCCGCCCGCCGCCGCGUGGCCCGGCUCCUGCUCCUGGCCGGCCGCUCGGGGCUGCAGGGCGAGCGGGCCGAGCUGCUGCGGGAGGCCGAGGCGCGGGACAUCCCGGUUCUGCGGCCCCGGAGGCAGAGGCUGGACGCCCUGUGUCGCCACCAGGUGCACCAGGGCGUGUGCAUGGAGGUGAGCCCGCUGCGGCCUGAGCCCUGGACCGAGGUCGGGGACGCGAGACCCCAGGACGCCUCCCAGCAGUUGUGGCUCGUCCUCGAGGGACUCCAGGAUCCCCGAAAUCUGGGGGCCGUGCUGCGCUCCGCUCACUUCCUGGGAGUCGAUAAGAUCAUCACCAGCCGGAAAAACAGCUGCCCGCUCACUCCCGUGGUCAGCAAGGCCAGCGCAGGGGCUAUGGAGGUGAUGACGGUGUUCUCCACCGACGACCUGGCCGGCUUCUUACAGGCCAAAGCGCGGCAGGGCUGGCUCGUGGCUGGCACAGUGGGCUGCACCCCAGCCACCUCCCACCGCCCCGAGAUCCCUGUCACCAGCUGCUUGGAGUUCCGGUGGGACCGGCCAACCCUCCUGGUGCUGGGGAACGAGGGCGCCGGGCUGUCCCCAGAGGCACAGGCUUCCUGCCAGCUGCUCCUCACCGUCCUGCCAGGCCGCCAGCUGACCCCUGGUCUCGAGUCCCUGAACGUCUCUGUGGCGGCUGGAAUUCUGCUUCACUCCAUCUGUAGCCAGAGAAAGGAGCAGAGAGGGAGACCGGCCCAAGACUCCCCUGAAUCCUCGGCCACUCUGAAGAGCCCCGAGUAGCCUGGCCCGGGGGCAGCAGAAGCGGGGUGGGGGUGAGUGUAGGGGUAGCUGCGUGCCUACACCGGGACUGUGAGUCUCUAGCCCCUCUGAGUUACCACUGUCCUGGCAGGAGAGGCUGCAGGAAAUGGAGCCUCCUGUGCUGACGGCGCAGGGGGCUGCUCUUUGCUUCCCAGAAUGCACUGGGGCGGGGCCCUGCUCUCUAGUCCCAGGGUGCUGUCCCCCGGGGGUCUGCUCCUCUGCAAGGAGCAUGAGCACCUAGAGGGAGGCCGCUGCCCACGGUCGGACAGACAGGUGCCAUCCCAGGCUCCUUCCGGCCUCGCUGCCCUGUGGCCUUGAGCCUGGGGCUUUGUCUUGCUGUACUCCCUGGUGUCCAGUGCUGUCCUUGGUUGGCCCCUUGGGGUGGGCACGAACCCAACCUAAGGCUCGUCCUUGCCUGUCGUGUCCCAGUCGUCCACUAGGUGGCAGCCGCGCUCUUCCGUCCACAGGCCCUUCAGUCCUAGGCAGCCCCCCUGGAGGGCGGGGUGGAUUUGGGCUCUCCACGCUAGACCCACAAAUACCUCCCACCCCCUUGUGUCCCCUGAGCCCCCUGCCAGUGACUCAUCAGUCAGUUCACCCCCACAGAAGGAACCCUCGAGCCUUUGAUUCCGUGUGGCGGUGAGCAGAGUUGCUCUUGCGCUGCAGACUGGGUCCUCCUCCCCCAAACCCACCAAGACGCAGAAGCCACCUUAGAGGUAGUUUACGGCGGUGGAGCCACGCGGAAACCUUUAAGAGGAGAACUGACAGGCCGGAGAGAUGGUCAUAGGGUAAAGCGCUUGCCCUGCGUGCCCCUGACCCAGGCUAGGGCCCCUCCAGCGUCACUGGGCACAGCUGCCGGGGUCGCCCUGGCGUCCCCAGCACUGCAGGGCUGGAGCAUUGAACCCCAGCUGGGUUGACUGAGAAUCGCUUCAAGGGGUAGCGGGGGGAAGAGCUUCUAGCCCUCUACUUGGGAGCACCCCCCAAAAGAGGGGUGUGUGAAAAGGGUUCAGGUUUCACUCCUGCUCUCUGUGUGGCUGGCGUGUUGGUCUCUGCUGUGUCACAUACAGAGGGAGGCACCUUCAGGACCUGUUUCAGCUCACACGGUGUCCUGUUAGGCUGUCCAGGCUGCAGUGCAGAGAGCUGCAGGGCUGGGGCACACACCUGGCCUACACGAGGCCCCGCGGUCAGUGUCCAGCCCUGUGUGGCCCCCGAGCAGGGCUGAGGGCAGCUGGUCUCCCCUUCACCACGCCCCACGCAUCACAGCAUCACUGGACCGAGCACAGAACCACGGACCAGACAGACAUCCCUGGGAGUGGCUUCAGGUUCCCCCCUUGCACCUCUGGAGAGCAACUUGCCCCCCCCCCCACAAUUAAAGCAAAAUAAAACAAAGGACUGUGCU